UCCCCUACUUCCCUUCUCCCUGUCAGCACUUUCGGUGUCUGACACAAGCAGGGAUCGGGGGCCGCGGGCGCCGGGGGCCGCGGGCGCCAGUGUCCCAAGGCAUGGCGGGGCCGGGCCCGGGGGAGGUGCGCAUGGAAAAGGCUGGGGCGUCCCUCGCCCCGGCCCCUCGAGCCAGGACCUGACAGAGAUGUGAUAAUGGAUCACGUUUCCACCAUCAAACCUCGAAGAAUCCAAAACCAGAAUGUCAUUCACCGUUUGGAACGUCGGCGGAUCAGUUCAGGCAAGGCAGGUACCCACUGGCACCAGGUCCGAGUGUUUCACCAGAAUGUCUUCCCCAACUUCACAGUUGUCAACGUUGAAAAGCCUCCUUGUUUCUUGCGUAAAUUCUCACCUGAUGGACGCUACUUUAUUGCUUUUUCUUCUGAUCAGACUUCCCUUGAAAUCUAUGAGUACCAGGGCUGCCAAGCAGCAGAGGACUUACUACAGGGCUAUGAGGGGGAGAUCCUGUCUAAUGGCAAUGACCAGCGGUCAGUCAACAUCCGGGGCCGGCUCUUUGAACGCUUUUUUGUCUUGCUGCACAUUACCAAUGUUGCGGCCAAUGGUGAGCACCUGAACCGGGAGUGCAGCCUUUUCACCGAUGACUGCCGGUGUGUCAUCGUGGGCUCUGCGGCCUAUCUCCCGGAUGAGCCUCACCCUCCGUUCUAUGAGGUGUAUCGGAACAGUGAGUCAGUCACCCCAAACCCACGGUCCCCACUAGAGGACUAUUCCCUGCACAUCAUUGACCUUCACACUGGCCGCUUGUGUGAUACACGCACAUUUAAGUGUGAUAAAGUGGUUCUGUCACACAACCAAGGGCUAUACUUGUAUAAAAACAUCCUGGCCAUCUUGUCUGUGCAGCAGCAGACCAUCCAUGUCUUCCAGGUGACCCCUGAAGGCACUUUCAUUGACGUGCGGACCAUUGGCCGCUUCUGCUAUGAAGAUGACCUGCUCACGGUGUCAGCUGUCUUCCCUGAGGUACAGCGGGACAGUCAGACAGGCAUGGCCAACCCCUUCAGGGAUCCAUUCAUCAACUCCCUGAAACACCGGCUGCUGGUUUAUCUGUGGCGCCGGGCAGAACAGGAUGGCAGCGCAAUGGCCAAGAGGCGCUUCUUCCAGUACUUUGACCAGCUGCGGCAACUGCGCAUGUGGAAAAUGCAGCUUCUGGACGAAAACCAUCUGUUUAUCAAGUAUACCAGUGAAGACGUGGUGACACUGCGGGUCACAGAUCCAUCUCAGGCGUCUUUCUUUGUGGUGUACAACAUGGUGACAACUGAAGUGAUUGCUGUGUUUGAAAAUACGUCGGAUGAGCUUUUGGAGCUCUUUGAGAACUUCUGUGAUCUAUUCCGCAAUGCUACUCUGCACAGUGAAGUCCAGUUUCCCUGUUCAGCCUCUAGCAACAAUUUUGCAAGGCAGAUCCAGCGCCGUUUUCCAUUAGGUUUUAAAAGUUUUCAUUGUCUUAGCCAAGACAAUACUGACUGUGCGCAGAGAUUUGUCGGCCUGUCCGAGUGCUUUCUUCUGAUAAAGAGUAGCAGGUUCAAAGACACAAUUAUAAACGCCAAGUAUGGAGGGCACACGGAAGCAGUGCGCCGGCUGCUGGGUCAGCUCCCCAUCAGUGCCCAGUCCUACAGCGGCAGCCCCUACCUGGACUUGUCCCUCUUCAGCUACGAUGACAAGUGGGUGUCAGUCAUGGAGCGACCCAAGACCUGUGGAGACCACCCUAUCAGGUUCUAUGCCCGGGACUCUGGCCUGCUCAAGUUUGAGAUCCAGGCUGGCUUACUGGGCCGCCCCAUCAACCACACAGUGCGACGCCUCGUUGCCUUCACCUUUCACCCUUUUGAGCCUUUUGCCAUUUCCGUGCAGAGGACUAAUGCGGAGUAUGUUGUCAACUUCCACAUGCGACACUGCUGCACGUAGGUGCCUCACCACAGCCAGGCUAUUGGCCUUGCAGGACUUUGCCUGCUUCUUUACUCAGUGGACUCUGGGGCAGGAGAGCCUUCUGCUCAGCCCACCCUGUGGGCUCUAGGCUGGUGUGCCAGAGAGAGGAGUGGGGGUGGGAGGGAGCUCGGCCUAAUGGGACUUCUGUUGUAAACAGUACUACUGCUGAUCAAUUUAAGGUCCUCUUGCCUUUUCCCUGUGGGAAUGCCCAGCAUUAAUGAAAUCUAUUCAGUUUCUGUUUAUUUAGUAUUGUAUUGCUGUGAAGAUAAAAGCAUUAUCAUCUUUCAUCCCACUUCCUUGGCAUUAUGGUUUGUAGUCAGAAGCAGAUAAAUCUCGUUUACUCACGAGAGCUGUGUAUGUCCUCUCUACUUACCCAAUAAGCAGGCCUAUCUUUAUAAGAAAAAAUUAAAGCCAUGGUAUUUUCUUACUUAAA